AUAAUAAGUGUGUAUUGUAUGUUUACUAUUUACCUCGUCAAAAUUGAUGAAUCAAAGUUAAUUUUUACUUGUCAGUGGGAACUGCAAAUUAAUAUUUAUUUUUUUUAAAGCGUUUAUGGCGGUUCUUAUUUAGUUGGAAUAGUUCUAUUUUUUAAAACUGUAUGAUCACAAUUUCCUAAGGUAACUUUCAUAAAGAAUACAAAUGGAUUAUAGUGAAGACAUCAAUUCUGUUGAUCUUACCGAAGAUGAGGAUAGUAGAGGCACCAUAGUAAAUUCUGAGGUCGAUAACGUGGAACCAUCUUUAUCAGGGUGCUCUGAAUUGUUUACUGGUGAUAGUUUCUACCACAGAGUGUCUGCAUAUUCACCACCACCUCUAACACCUAUCCCAAGACUCACCCCUGUAGGAAAACUACCAACUGAUUACUUACCAACUGUUCCUAAGUUGACAAAAAUUAGGAGACAAAGUAGUAUAUCCCAAAAAUCGCCUCCAAAGAAAGGGGUAACUUUAAUUUCUUCUACUCUUGUUAAGCCUGCUAUUAAUGGUUCUAGUAUCAUUAUUGAUUCAGAUGAUGAGGACGUACCAAUUGUUCAGAGUGAAACUGAGAAUUUCAAGUGCCAGAAUACUACAGCUGCAAUGCCAGGUGAAAAUAGAUCUGCAGCAUCUUCCAAACAGCCGGGAAAAUUAGUUGUUAUAAAAAAAAAUAAUAAACUGUAUAAAAUAGUCAUACCUCAUAAUGUAAUGCCAACUACAAACCAGUUAGGUGGUCCUGUAUUGAUAAACAUACCGGAAGUUGGCCCUUUAGUUAUCAGAAUUGAUCCUAAAUCAAAAAAUCUUGUUACGCCUAACUCUUCCCAGCUAGAACCAUUUUCUUUGAAUUUUGAUGAUAUUAUGAAUAAGGUCUCAUCAGAUUCUGUCAGUCAUCAAAAAAAUUUCAGCAGACAUCCACCUAACAUUAGUCGUGUGAAACCCAAAGGUUCUUGUAUAUUACCUACAAACAAAUGGACACUUCUCUCAGAUCCUAAGUUCUGUUGGUCAUACACAAGAAUUAAGCAAAGAGAUCAGGAUUUUUUCUUGAAUACAGAUAAGUUAGGAUUUUCUACAACAGAGCUUCGUAAAUCAAGAAGAUGCCGGAGGAUUUUAGAUUCAGUUGUUGCCAAAAAAGAAGCAGAAGUGAAAAGAAUGAUGGACUCUUUUGAAAAAUUGAAAGAGAGAGUAGAUGAAAGUCAUCUUUUCAAACCUGUAAAGAUCAGUGAAAUAGUUGGCCACUCGUCAGAUUAUAGAAAAAUUGCAGAAACAGGAUCUGUUGGACCACACAACAUUGAAAAUGUUAGAUUACCUCCAAAUACUCUUAUCACUCAUUUAACUGAAUAUGAUGAUUUGUUGAUGACUCGUAAAAUUGUAAUAUUGAACAAAGGCCAUACAGAAUCCUCCGAGUCUAAUGCAAGUCAGUUGAAAAAGAUUGCUAGAAUGGAGAGAAACUUCAGAUAUAGACAGAAGAAAAAAAAACUUCAGUUAACAAAAAUGUUGAGUUGUGUUUCCUCAAAAGAUUAUAAAAACUUAAUAAAGCCUUGUUAUGUUAAAAUGACAAGAGAGGACUAUAUUGAUCAAAUGAUUAACCCACAAAAUACAGAUAAUAGUAAUAAAUCAAUGCGAAAAGGGAAAAAACUGUCACCUAGGAGGUCGAAUUCAAAUUAUAUUCAACAUGUUAUUGAUAUAUUUAUGUCAAAACUAAUUGAUACAGAAGACAAGUUCAAGCGUGAAAUGGCUUUUAUAAAACCAGUCUUAGUAGUCAAUGAAUUUAAUUUCAAUAUUGUAAAAUAUAUGAUGGAGUUCAGCAAAAGCAACAUCGUUGUUGCUGUGAAUGAACUUAGAACAUUUCCGCAAGUUUUCUUAGAGAACCAGGAAUUCAGUAAGGCUGUUGAAUGUGGCUAUGUGAAAUUGGUCGAUUCUGAAAUUUUAUGUAGAUAUUUAGUUGGGAACUUGGGCCCACAAAGCCCCAGUAAAAUGGACAUGUAAAAAUGUAUAAAGUUAUGUAAGAUGUGGGAGCCAAAGAGUUAUUGAAACUAGAUGGACAGGUUACUGAUUUUUGUAUUGAUUCAUAUUGAAUUGGACUCGAAAACACCCAGAUAAGGUGCAUUCAUUUAUAAUUGUUAUAAAUAGUCAAAUAAUUGUUUUUGAUGUUGGUAAAUUUUAAUUUUUUUGCUGGUCAUACUUUUUGCAAGAAGGCAGACAAUUUUUAUUUUCUGAAUGAUCGAUUAUCCUAAAUGAACAUUUUACAAUGAAUUCAAUAUUUAUUUUAUCAAGAAACCACAAAUUAUUGAUAUUCACUUUUUAAGAAGCAUUCAUUGCUUGUUUAUUUAAGAAAAAUUUGAAGUUCAUAUCAGAAACUCGUAACUAUAUUUGGCAUAAAUGAAUCCUGAUAUUUAACUAUAACUUGUAAUGAAGCUCAUAUUUUCAUUAUAAGUUUUUUUUUGAAGCUUCCUUUGUACAUUAGUUAUUGUGAUUCAGUUUCAAAUUCACACAUCUUUUUUACCGUCAAAAUAGGUGGAAAGGAUGUUAUUUCUUUUUCUGUAGAAUAUUUUGAAACCAGUUAUGUUCAUGAACAUUAACCUGUUAUUUAUUUUUAUGUUAGGAUUUCUCGAUUAACUAUUAUAAUUUUUAGUUAUUAGUUUAAUUCUACUGAUAGAAAUAAGAACCACCCUUAAUCUUGUGAAUGAAUUUAUAUACUGAAUUGCUGUCUUAAGCUGUGUGAACUUCCUUUAUCUUAUUUAAUCUUCAAACUUUCAUUAUUUAUAGCUAAUUCAAAUGUAAUAAAAUCGUGCAGGCACAACUAAUUCUAACAAGUGAGGUAAAUUUGGCUUAAUAUAGCAAUGAAGUAAUUGUUGGCUGUCAAAAUAUACUGAAGAAAAAUAUAUAUUUUUCAUUUUUCCUGA